AUGAUCAAGCAGCAGCAGCAGCAGGCACCGCCGGCGCCGGCGAGCUCCGCCGCGCCUCCGGCGCCUGCUGUCCCGGCGGCGGCAGCGGCGCCCAGCGGAUGCGAAGGGGAGAAGAAGGCGCCGCCGAUCAACUCGGAGCUCUGGCACGCCUGCGCGGGGCCUCUGGUGUCGCUGCCGCCGGCGGGCAGCCUCGUCGUCUACUUCCCACAAGGCCACAGCGAGCAGGUUGCAGCUUCUAUGCAAAAGGAUGUUGAUGGACAUGUUCCAAGCUACCCAAAUCUUCCGUCAAAGUUGAUUUGCCUUCUGCAUAAUGUCACUUUACAUGCGGAUCCAGAAACAGAUGAAGUGUAUGCGCAAAUGACUCUCCUGCCAGUUACUUCAUAUGGAAAAGAGGCACUGCAACUAUCAGAACUGGCAUUGAAACAACCAAGGCCUCAAACAGAGUUCUUCUGUAAGACACUAACUGCAAGUGACACAAGCACUCAUGGAGGCUUCUCCGUGCCUCGUCGAGCAGCUGAGAAGAUAUUUCCACCUCUUGAUUUCUCCAUGCAACCACCCUAUCAAGAGAUCCAAGCCAGAGAUUUACAUGAUAAUGUAUGGACAUUCCGUCACAUAUAUCGAGGUCAGCCAAAAAGACAUCUGCUUACCACUGGCUGGAGUCUUUGUGUGAGCGGAAAGAGAUUAUUUGCUGGUGAUUCUGUCAUUUUUGUAAGGGAUGAAAAGCAGCAACUUCUACUUGGAAUCAGGCGUGCUAAUAGACAGCCAACUAACAUAUCAUCAUCUGUCCUUUCAAGUGACAGCAUGCAUAUAGGAAUUCUUGCUGCUGCAGCCCAUGCCGCUGCCAACAAUAGCCCAUUCACCAUAUUUUAUAAUCCUAGGGCCAGUCCUACAGAGUUUGUCGUACCAUUUGCUAAGUAUCAGAAGGCACUCUAUGGUAAUCAAAUAUCUUUAGGAAUGCGCUUUCGCAUGAUGUUUGAGACUGAAGAAUUAGGCACAAGAAGGUACAUGGGUACAAUAACUGGCAUAAGUGAUCUAGAUCCCGUAAGAUGGAAAAACUCACAAUGGCGCAACUUACAGGUUGGCUGGGAUGAGUCUGCAGCAGGCGAAAGGCGUAACAGGGUUUCAAUCUGGGAAAUCGAACCGGUUGCUGCUCCAUUUUUCAUAUGCCCUCCACCAUUUUUUGGUUCAAAACGUCCUAGACAAUUAGAUGAUGAGUCCUCAGAAAUGGAGAAUCUCUUAAAGAGGGCAAUGCCAUGGCUUGGUGAGGAGAUAUGCAUAAAGGAUCCACAGACACAGAACACCAUAAUGCCUGGUCUUAGCUUGAACCAGAUUCUGCAACAGAACAGCAUUCAGUUUAGUUCUCCCAAACUUCCUCAGCAAAUGCAGCCAGUCAAUGAAUUGUCAAAGGCAUCACUUCCACUGAAUCAGCUUGGUGUGGGCACCAAACCGCAAGAACAGACUCAAGACCCAAGCAAUCUGCAGAGGCAACAACAGUCCAUGAACCAACUACUUCCAUUGAGCCAAUCUCAAACCAAUCUUGUCCAGGCUCAGGUCCUUGUCCAGAAUCAAAUGCAGCAGCAGCAACCACAAUCCAUGACUCAAAAUCAGCAGCCAGCUGCCAGCCAGUCGCUGCUCCUGCCCCAUCAGCAGCAACAGCAACAUCAACAACAAAAGUUGGCACAUCAACAGCAGCAGCUUUUACUUCAGCAACAACAAUUGCAGCAACAGCAGCAAAAUCAGCAACAGUUAAAUAAGAUGGCUGCGCAAGUGCCAAAUCUGGCAUCACAUCAGCUGCAACUGUCUGAUCAGCAGCUUCAGCUGCAACUGCUACAAAAAUUGCAACAGCAGCAGCAGUCGUUGCUAUCACAACCAGGUGUUACUCUUGCACAAUUACCUCUAAUCCAAGAGCAGCAAAAGUUGAUUAUUGAUAUGCAGCAGCAGCUGUCAAAUUCUCAAUCACUUUCCCAGCCACAAAUAAUGCCUCAACAAAAUACCAAAGUUCCGUCACAGGCAACACCACCACCACCAACCGUGCAACAAGAGUCACAGCAGAAGCUUCCACAGAAGCAUGUUAGUUUCACUGACACAUCACAUACUGCCAUUCCUCCAACUACGUCAGUCAACGCCAUUUCAGCUGUGGGAAGUCCUCUGAUGGCAACUGGUGCCACACAUUCUGUACUUACCGAUGAAAUCCCUUCCUGCUCAACAUCACCUUCAACAGCUAAUGGUAAUCACCUUGUGCAACCAGUCCUCGGAAGAAACCAACAAUGCAGCAUGAUGAACUAUGAGAAGGUGCCUCAGUCUACUGCUCCUAUGUCAAUCCCAAGCUCCCUGGAAGCUGUCACGGCGACGCCAAGAUCAAUCAAGGAAUUGCCAAAGUUGAAUUCUAAUGUCAAGCAAAGUGUAAUGGCUUCAAAGCUACCAAAUACAGGGCCUGUACCUCAAAAUUUGGCUAACAAUGCACCCCCGACGGACUAUCUGGAAACAGCUUCAUCAGCAACUUCAGUGUGGCUUUCCCAAGCGGAUGGACUUCUACAUCAUGGUUUCCCCAUGUCUAACUUCAAUCAGCAGCAGAUGUUCAAAGAUGCGGCUCCUGAGACUGAUAUCCACAGUGCUGAUCCCAGUAAUAACACACUCUUUGGUAUAAAUUGUGAUGGUCAGCUGGGCUUUCCCAUGGGAGCGGAUGGCUUCUUAUCGAAUGGAAUUGAUCCUUCCAAGUAUCAGAAUCACAUUUCAACAGAUAUUGAUGGUAACUACAGGAUCCCAAAGGAUGGUCAGCAAGAAAUAUCGUCAUCCAUGGUUUCACAGUCAUUUGGUGCAUCAGAUAUGGCAUUCAAUUCAAUUGACUCUGGUAUGAAUGAUGGUGGUUUCGUGAACAGAACUUCUUGGCCUCUUCCCCUAAAGAGGAUGAGGACAUUUACCAAGGUGUAUAAACGUGGAGCUGUAGGUCGGUCCAUUGACAUUAGUCAGUUCAAUGGAUAUGAUGAGUUGAAGCAUGCUCUGGCUCGCAUGUUUAGUAUGGAGGGGCAACUUGAGGAACGACAGAGAAUUGGCUGGAAACUUGUCUACAAGGAUCAUGAGGAUGACAUCUUACUUCUUGGUGAUGACCCUUGGGGUAAGGAAUUUGUCAACUGUGUGAAGUGCAUUAGGAUCUUGUCGCCUCACGAAGUGCAGCAGAUGAGCCUGGAUGGGGAUCUGGGGAACAACAUUCUCCCCAACCAGGCCUGCAGCAGCUCGGACGGCGGGAAUGCCUGGAGGGCUCGCUGCGAUCAGAACUCUGGUAACCCUUCUACUGGUUCAUAUGACCAGUUUGAAUGA